CACAAAAUCAGGAAUAUCAAAUCCACACCUUGAUGGGAAAGUCUGGAGUGAACGAGCUUUUUGUCGUAUAGAGAAGGCGACCUGUCGCUAGCUGCGACGAGAUAAGUUAUCUCCUUACUGUGACGGAGUAGCAGUCGCACCCACGUCUGCCCUCCCGUUUAUUUACAUUCGCUUUCUCACCUCGACGAUUACGUUACGGUGAGAUGGAGAAGUAUUCUCAGUUUCGGGAUCGAGGAUCUGGCAUCGCGCCUUUCUUUCCCGUCACCUCGCCAACUUCCACCCUUUAUCUUCCUGUCAAUAUAUUUCUCUUCGUCGUGAAGCUUCCACUGUUUCUUGCGAUCACCGUGGCCUACUUUUUCUUUUUACAAUGGCUUCCGCUUGGGGCAUUUAUCAGAAAGGCUAUGCUAUGGGUUAUACUCGGAGCACCGGGAAUUUGGUGGAUCGACUUGCAAAUUGACGGAGUGAAGAAAGGCUCUCUCGCACGCGAGAAACAAAGGCUUCCGGCGCCGUCAAGCAUAAUAGCUUCUUCGUUCACAUCUCCGGUGGACGCCCUGUACCUGGCAGCAAUCUUCGACCCGGUUUUUACAGUCUCUUACCCCAGCACAAGGCAAGUGCGUCCUAUAUCACUCUUGGGCGCGAUGCUUCGUGCACUAUCUGGACCAGAAGAAGCUCCACCUGCAGGUGUAAAGCUUGUCGACCUUGGGACGCUCGUAUCCGAAAACCCGGACAGCGUGAUUGUGGUGUUUCCUGAGUGUACCACGACGAAUGGGAAGGGAAUUCUCCCACUGAGCCCCAGCCUUCUGAAUGUUCCGUCAACCACAAAGAUAUUCCCCAUCAACCUGCGGUAUUCGCCCCCAGACAUUACUACACCAGUACCAGGCCGCUACUGGUCAUUUUUAUGGAAUCUUCUAUCCCAGCAGACGCACUGUAUCCGUGUCCGUAUCGCGGAAGCCGUUUACAACACAGCCAAGCCAGGAGAUGUAUCUUCCGAGAAGAAGGACAAAUACCUCGUUAACUUCCUUGAUCUUCCCGAAGAGGAUUCUUCUGAUACGAGCUCGGGAAUGAGAAAGAGGGUGGUUAAUGCUGAGGAACAGAAGGUUUUGGACCAGGUGGGUGAGGCAUUGGCGAGACUCGGGAGAGUCAAGAGGGUAGGACUCACGGUCAAGGAUAAGGCAGCAUUUGUAGGAGCCUGGUCUAAGAAGAUCAGAUGAGACAGUAACCCCCAAAAUGGCAAAAUGGCAAAUUCUAGAUAUAAUUUUUUGUUCACACUAUGCUAUGCCCUUAAUUGAUCCAUAUUAUCUGUCUAUGUACAGUACGAGUUUGUCUGCGG